AUGCCUUUUUGCAACGUCAAGCCCUCCGAAGUGAGCCAUUUGCAAAACGUGGCGAAAAAGCAGGGCGCAAACGAUGUGGCCACGGCAGAUUACACCGUCCUGCUGGUUGAGAAUAUGAUGAAACGGUACGUGGAGGGGCGGUCCUCUGUCUGCGGUUCCACAGGCACCGAUAAAUCCACGAAUUCACUCUCUCCGUCGUGGUUUGACGCGGUGAAGGCGGAUGAGGCGCGGAUGAUGAGGACUUUUCCGUAUCCUUCUUUGUUUCUCCAUCCGCUUCCAUUGGAAAUGUCUGAGCAUCCUGACACCCCGUCGCCGCUUCUACUGGCAACACAGACAGCAACACCAGUUGGUGACGACAGUAACACUGAGGAUGCGCCGAGGCGAGAGUACAGGGAAAUGGUUGUUCUUGAUGGAGGAGCGUCGGAGAUGGUAACGGUGCUGCAGGGCGAGUGUGGCCUUGCUGUUGUCUCACCUCGCUGUCGUUCCACGGGGCCUCGAAGCGUGUACUUGCUGAGCCCUGACGCUACUUCGUGCACUAUUGUGGCGUGCCGGGUUGGCCUUCAUUCGCAUUUGCGCGAGAGGCUUGUGGCGACCACAGGGGAAAUGACGGAGUCGGGGGACGGGGCGCUUGCUUGGCGGUGCUGCAAGACAUUUACGGCGGCCAUGGGACAUCUUGACUGCGCACAGGGCGUGGCGGAGGUGCUGUACGAAAUGCUCUGGGAGGCCGCGCUGCCCGCGUGGUUCCAUGCGGCUCUGCGUGACGGUGACGGGGCGGUGGGUGAGUGUGGUGAGGUGGGCGCGGCGUUGGACCUCCUUGAGCGGUUGCGCCGCAUUGCGCAGACAACAACAACAGCAACAACGACAACUGGAUCUUCUGAUUCUGACACCCCCAUGCUGGUCGCGGAGUGGUUCUUGGUGGGGGGUGUACGCAGCCGGGAGAAAACACUACCCGUUCUAACUGCCGUACUCAGUACACUUUUUGUUGCUGAGGAGCAGGACGACGGUGGUGCAAAUCUUCCCGGUGGAAAGCGCUGCACUUUGAAGCCGUCGUUCCACUUGUCAGAGGUGCUUGGCGGGAAGGAAAGUGAUGGGGCGGAUGCAGAUUUGGUGCGGAUUGAGCACCGUCUCCGCGAGGACGGUGCCUGCUUCUGGAGCCUCAACACUGUGCUGCGGCAUUGGGCGAUGGGCCGCGCAGGCGAACUGUAUUCCUGCCCCGCCAGCUUGGGGCUUCUCGUCGACGUGGGUGGUGGCUGCUGCUGGCCCGCCACUGUGCAGCCUGGCACGCGAAAAUACCCGCUUGCGGCGCUCCGUAACGCGUUGAUGCAGCCCGGCUACCGCUGGACGUGCCCGCUGGAGCGGGAGGGGACGUUGCGCGUGCGUCGGGGGGUUGCAACAGCGCUGGCGGCGUCGUAUUUUGGUCUGCAACCGGUUCCUCCGACGGAGAGCGUGUGCGAUGUCUCUCUUGCGGCCUAUGUUGCGGCGUUCUUGCGUCGGUGUGAAGAGGGCGGCGAAACGGAGGAGGAGCGUGCGUCAGUCUCCCUGCCAAUUCUGGUGCGUCGUGGCGUGUGGGAAAAAAUGGAGAACAUCCGAAUGCUGGAUGACUUGCCCGACAACUUCUUUCUGAUGGCUUCGACGACACCGCACUGCGAGCCGUCUGACUUUGCUGCACUGGGGCGGCAGAGGCUCGGCUUUAUGUCCGAGUUUUGCGUGGACGAUGUGUUCGAAAAAGGCACCGUCGGUAUACUUGUGUGA